GGCACCUGCCAGAAACCGGGCGUCGAGUCUGGAUGACGAGACGGUUCCGCUGCGGCUUCUUGCAGUGCGGCCCCUCCUCCGUCUGCAGCCAUACGCCGCUAUCAAGCUAACUUUCGGUGGCAGCGCCAAUCAACAGGUGGUGGAAUCCGAAACUUGGCUUGCACCCAGUCGCCCAGCUGCUGUGGUCAUGUCCAGCCUCGCCAGUCUUCACUGUCGAAUAAAUUCUCCAUUGCCGCCUUUCCAAGAAGGCCAGUUUCCUCACUCAACUCGUCGUCCUUCUUAGCCAGCUGUCUGUUAUCUCGUCAACGCCCCAUGACAAUGAGCCGCAGGAUUGAAUGCAGGAGCGAGGGCUGUACCAACGAGGUCCUGUUCAAGUCGCUCGAUGGCGCAUUUGACGACCGGAGAGGCAGCGGUGUGAGACCACCUCUGUCCCUUACCGACCGAAGCUCGCCCUCGGGUCUGCACCACCGACACUCGAACGGCUCGAUACAGGUGUCUCCAUACUGCAAGCAGCACACGUGCAUUCACUUCCACGGCGACGAGCGCUGCAUCUACAAGAAACCUCGCCAUGACACGGUCUGCCCCAUUCAUGCAAGAUGUCCUGUGCCAAACUGCACACAAGCCCGCGCCCAGUAUCUCGAGCCAAACUUUGACCCGUUGUCCAAUGCUCUCCCGAGAUAUGCUCGCUUCGACGUCUGCUCAGAGCACAAGUGCGCUUUGCCGAGAUGCCCUGGGAGACGAGCAUCCCCAAGAACCACCUUUUGUCAAGCCCACGCCUGCCAUGCUGAAGAUUGUACGAACCUGCGCCAAGAGGACCGGAACUGCUGUGAAGAGCACCAAUGCAAAUCCGGGGGUUGCAGGACCAUCGUCGAGGGCGAUUUCCCCUACUGUGCGAGCCACAUCAAGUGCCAGGCAACUGGCUGUGGGGAGGCCAAACACUACCUCGCAAAGGCGGACGAGUAUCUCGCCUACUGUACCACCCACGCGACAUGUACGGUGGAGCAAUGCACUGCCCUCAAGACCGAACUGUUGGCUUUCUGCAACGAGCACACCUGUCAUGUGCGGACAUGUGACAAGGCAACCAACUCCGGGCUAUACUGCGAAAACCAUCGCUGUGCCGAGUCACGUUGCCAAAAUCCGCGAGACUGGAUCCAUGAAUCCGAGGGCCGCCGCAGGUUUUGCCCUAUGCACACAUGUCGUGUUGAUCAAUGCCGGAAAUACGUCGACAGGCUCUCUAUUUUCUGCCUUGGCCACGGCUGCUCAAAACUCAGAUGUCACCAAAGAGCGAUUGCCGAGCAGCUCUGCAUAGACCACUUCAAAGAGCAUUACAUAACCCAGGGCAAACAGCAGGCCUUCCUCGCCAUACGCAGUGAGCCCCCUUUCCCACCACCACCGAGGCCCUAUGCAGACCCAGGUCACGGAGCUGCCAGCCACGAAGAUGCUGUAAGCGAAUCCGGCGUCGACGAAGAGCAACUCUCACACACCCAAUCCCAAGGGAGACUUGCCGGUCCUGUCCAGCAUCCAAUGCAGAACCCGCCGCCCCCUUACGCAGCGCCAAAUCCGCAGGUCGAAUAUGUGGCCCGUCCUCCCGGCGAUGGCAGUGUCAAUGGCAGACCAAAUAUGCUGGUCAAUAUUCCCCAAGAGGACGGUACCAGCAAUGAAUCUGCUGCAGGAACGUUCCGCGGGCGAAGGGCGCAGGUGGAGGAGGGGCAUGAGGACGGUGAGAGUUAAAUAAAGGAAUUUGAGACAAGCCAUCUUGAGGAUGAGUAUCUUUCGUGCUUUGGAUUAACUUACUUAGUUUGGUAGCCUUCUAUCCAGGUAGGGGGAUAUUCUUGAUGACCGGAUGACCACAGCUCGGUAGCAUAGCCUUCAACAACGGCAUCUUGCCCCAUUGCUCACCACCUUCUCAUGGUACCGUCCACCGAGUGACCGACUUCACAUCAAGUAUCAUCCUCAACCGGCCGCAACAGUCACUGUAGAUAAAAUUUCCUUGUC